AUGGGUGAUAUGAAGACGGGAGCGGGUAAGGUGAAGUUUUUUAACGAUUCGAAAGGAUAUGGCUUUAUCGAGUUAGAUGACGGCGAAACUGAAAUUUUCGUUCAUCAAACGAAAAUACAAAUGGAUGGGCACAGGACCCUGCACCAGGAGCAACCUGUCGAUGUGACUUAUUUUAAAGAAGAGAAAGGCUGGAAAGCGGAAACUGUUGUGCCAGAUACGGAUUGGGCGGAAAAGAAUGGAAAAAGUAAUCAAGGAAAUAGAGAACGUGGUGGUUACAGAGGUCGAGAUGAUGAUGGUUAUGGGCGUGGUGGUGGUGGUGGCGGUUAUGACAGAGGUUAUGGCAACAGAUCAUAUGGCGGUGGCGGAGGAUACGGAGGCGGCGGUGGAAGCUAUGGUGGCGGAGGAGGAUAUGGAGGCGGUGGUGGUUAUCGUGGAGGUGGAGGCGGUGGAUACAACCAAUACGGGGGUGACGGAUACAGAUAG